AUUUUUAACCUCAACUAAAUUCUAUCCAUUUCUUCAUCUUCAAAAUUUUAAAACAGUUUGGAUUCUUAUUUUUAUAGUGUCCAAUUUUCCAGGAAAAUUUUGAGGGUGAAAUGGAAGGUAGACAGGUUGUGAAGAAGGAUCUGAAGGUGGAUAUUCCAUCGGAGACUGGUGGCAUGGUUGAUUCGCAGGUGGCACCAGGAACCGGGCAGGGUUCAGCAGGAAUUACCAGGCAGCAGAGUAUGACAAAGAGUAACUGCCUGUGCUCUCCGACAACACAUGCUGGUUCAUUCAGGUGCAGGCUUCACCGUGCCCCGAGCCUCCAGCGUACCAAAAGUAUGGACACUGCUGCAAACCGGGACUCUGCAUCCAGGGACUAAUUCCACCUCUGCUGAAUCUGAUUAAUGCAAAAUUAUACUUCUCAAUGUAUUUUAUUCCCAUCUAUGUAUAUGUACAAAUAUAAUAUAAUCUGGGUGUUAUUGGGUCCUUGAUGACGCCCUUAUGUUUCUAUGGAUUAAUGUUCCAAAUUUAUCAUUCAGUUUGAACUAGCUAAAAAAAUAUCAAUCCAACU